CAAGGAGAACAUGAUUUCCUCAAGAAGCUCUAUCUGUGGCUCCAAACUGUAUUUUAAUCAACCUCAUACAUGGUAUCCUGCCUUGUGCUGUGGAAGGAGAGUAGACGUGGAUAUGUAGUGAAGAGGUAAGAACACUGAUACAAGAGCCAGGAGGUGGAAAUUCUCACCCCAGAUUUGCUAUUAAUCAGACAUAUCACUUAACAUCCUUGUAUCUCAGUUUCUUCAACUGUAAAAAUGGGAGGAAGGUAUGAUUUCUAAGGUCUCAACCUUAAAAUCUUAUGGUUAAAAAGCAAACAACUGUCCUAGAAUAAAAAAAGAAACUAAGAGAGUUAGGAUUUUUAUUAUUAUUAUUAUUAUUUAGCAUAUUUAUAUUACGUUUAGAUUCACAGGAUUAUCACACAUUUUAGUCUGGAAAGGAUCUGAGAAGUUCAAAUGUUUUACCUCUCAAUUUUAUAGAUAAGGAAAUUGAAGCCCACUAGGAUCACUCAGCUAGUAAAGAGCAAAGUCAGAUUUCAAACCCAGGUUCUCUGAUUUCAUAUCUUCUUUCUUUCUACUUCUAAUCCCCCCUCAAAAAAAAAAAAUCUGAUUACUCCCAUGUACUUAUUUUAAAUAAGCCAAGACAUAUUCUUUGUAAAAUAAGCCACUAAUAAAUUAGUUAUCUUUGACCAUAUUAUUCAACUCCCAAAUGAGCUUGCAUUAUGUAUAAUUCUGCAUCAUGAUACAGAAGUGUUUUUAGCAGCUGAACCAGAAUGUGGUAUAGUGGUACUGGGGAGAAGGGAGGCCCAUUCUUUUAACCUUUUUCAAACAUCUCAUUAUCACAAUAGUAACACAAUUAGAAACCGGUUUUCACAUUGCAGAAUCAGCUCACAAAGGCCAUACUUAAACAAAAGAAAGCUAAGGAUGGCUCCCAAAAUAGCAAGCAAACCAUGGUGCGGGGGAAGAUAGGGGAUGGAUGUGGGAGGUACAAAUUCAGGGGCUUAUUUCCACUUGCAAAAAAACCCCAAAAACCCUAUAAUAUAGAAAAAGGGACAUUCACCAUUCAAUCAUCUUGAUCCAAAAUGAAGGCUAAUUAAAAUGAUCUGAAUCACUGAAAUAGGAAGAAUCAUCUACGUUUGGGGAUAGCAGAAACAACAGAAUUGGAUGACUUGUAAAAUCUUACUAAUGUUGGUGAGGACUAAAAAGGUUUGAAAAGCAGACAUUUUUAUCAUUCAAGUGCUGUCCAUGGCCUUUUGAGACAUUUCAGAUGCCUUUGUGGUAAACCACUCCAUCUAAUAAAGGUCAUGGUAAACCAAUUUUCCUCAUUUUUAGCUACCAUCCUGUUUGCAUACGUGUAGACAUUUUGUCUUAACGUUUACAGGCUUUUUUAGCUCCUCUUAAAACAAUAACACCAUUCAUUUAACUCAGAGAAACAAAUGGGUGCUUUAAAAAAAAAAUACAGAUCUAGCAAAAAUGUCCAUAACUAGCCAUACCGGCAAGCAGCCUCAAGGCAAUGAUCAGGCCCAGAAAUUAAUGCCCCCUUAAAUUCUCCCCGUCUUAAUCACUUAGAGAUAUCACGACUGAGGGCUUGUUUUUGUAAUACACUCAGCCAAUGAAAGCAGACAGCUAAGGCUUAGAGGAUUAAGAGUAUGAGUGUAAGGGAGGGGAAGGGGGGAGUCACGUGUGUACACAGACAGAGUUCAGCCUGGCUCACAAACCUUUGGGCACUAGGCUCGGCAUACUUUUUGGUAAGCUGUGAUAACCUCUGUGGAGAAGCAAAGACAUUGCAGCCUGAUUGGACUUAAAUGUCGAGGUGACUAGAAGACAAAAUGUGUCCUCCUGCUAUCAAGUAAAACCCCAAGGUGGCAUUUAUUGGGCAGCACGACCUCUCAUUCGUUGCAACUGGCUGUAAACAGAGAGAGGGAGGGGCCACUGCUGCCUGCCAAAUGAAGCAGAAACUUUAACAGCUGGAAGUCAUCAGAAAAACCACUGCUGAUUGGUUCACUAUGUGGAGCUGCGACACUUUCAAUGGUACCCAGAACAGUGAGGAGCAACUCCUCUGCCAUGACUUCCACCUCAUCCUCUCCGUCUUCUCUCUCCUCUACCUCAUCAUCUGCUUCCCGAUUGGCCUUUGCUACAACGCCCUGCUGGUCCUGGUCAAUCUGUACAACAAGGCUACGAUGACUAUGCCUGAUGUUUACUUUGUGAACAUUGCCAUUGCUGGCCUCAUAAUUAAUGCUGUUGCACCAAUAUACCUUCUAGGACCAACUACCACCAAGUGGGCCAUCUGGAGCUUUAACAGUGAAGUUUAUAUCACACUGCUGAUUUUGUUUAAUGUUUCCUCUCUGGUCAUCAUGUAUUCAACCACCUUGCUUAGCCUGGAUUACUACAUUGAGCGAGCUCUACCCCGGACUUACAUGUCUAGUGUGUAUAACACUAAGCAUGUCUGUGGAUUCAUUUGGGGAGGGGCAAUGCUUACAAGCUUUUCCUCUCUUCUGUUCUACAUCUGUAGCCAUGUGUCCACAAAGCUCAUCGAGUGCUCCAAGAUGCAAAACAAGGAGGCAGCCGAUGCCAUCAUGGUGUUUAUCGGAUAUGUUGUUCCUGCCAUUGCUGUACUUUAUGCACUUGUGUUAAUUUUACGAAUACGGAAGGAGGACACACCUCUGGAUCAUGAUACUGGAAGACUGGACCCUUCUGUUCACAGGCUUCUGAUUGCCACAGUGUGUACCCAGUUUGUGCUGUGGACCCCUUACUAUCUAACUCUCCUGGUGAACACAUUCCUUGUCUCACAAGGAAAACUCAUGGAUGAGCACUACAUGAGGAUACUGCAUUUCAUCAAAGAUUUGUCAAAGUUCUUAGCUUUCUCGAGUAGUUUUGUGAUGCCACUUCUCUACCGCUACAUCAACAAAAAUUUUCCUGGUAAGCUACGCCGACUGAUUAAAAAAUUGCACUGUGGGCAUCAGAGGUGCUCUCAUGACCGAGCAACAGUACAGCAGGUGAUGACGUAGGCUACGAGGAGCUUGUGGAGUGCAAGCGUUGCAGAACUUCCACAUCCAGGUCGUAGCACAAUCCUGUGGCUUCUUACCAAGGACUUUGUUAGAAGCUCUUCACAUGGAUACUGGAAGGGGGCUGCUAUUCUUACUGACCAAGAGACACUUGUUCUAACAGAGCUGGCACAGCAAUACUAACAGAAACCUCAGGCAGGUCAGACAAGCUGGCAUUUGAGAGCACUUUCAAAGCACUGAGUCAGUAAGCUUGAGUUCUGCAUUUCUUCCCAGUUUUAAUAAUCCUGGGUAGAGAAAUGACUAAAAGGUAAAAUGGAGUUUUGAUUGGAUAUAAAGCACUUUGUUAUCUGUCCAAGGAAAGGGCAAUGCUAUGUUUUUCUUCCUUAGAAAAAGAGAUGCAAUAAUUCUAAAUGGAAUAGUCUUAGUACUUUUCUUGACAUGCCCUGUGUGUCUUUACCAGGAUGGUCAAACUCUGGCCAAGGUAAUGCUGAUCAAAAGAAUAGACUGUUCAAACAGUCUGAAAUGAAAUAUAAGCUACAAUAUUAUUAACUUAUCUGUUUCUUUCCCUUAAAAUGUGUGCAUUUUGAGAUCUCUGUCAUUGAAGUAAUUUACUCAUUUUAAACCUUUUCUAAAUUAGAAUUUUUCUAAAUGAAGUAAUAAGAAUCUGGAAAUCCAGUAUUUAUACUUUGCUUGAUUAUAUUGUGAAAAUACUUGAUUCUUCACUAUUCUUGAUUUUUUUAAACAGAAGCACAGAUAUUUACUAGAAAUCCACUAAGUAUUAAAAUGAAGGAAAUAAUUAUAAGUGUCAGAAUGAUGGUGGAAUGUAGUUUUUUUCUUUUAAUUAAAAAAACAAAACCAACUACCUAAGGUCCACAUGUUCAUGAAACUCAGUUGUCAUUGUCUCUUUCCUUUUAACAAGUUGUAUUAAAUAUUGCAUAGGAAAAGCUUAUGGCACUUAUGCCACAGUGAUAUUACUAAAACUUCUUAAAAUGAGUAAGAAUAAAUAAAUAUAUAUACAUAUAUAUGUAUGUAUGUAUGCCUGGUUAUAAGCUGUGGAAUAAUCUAAGAGAGUAUUAAAGGAAUUGUUAAUUCUUAUACAUCAUAACAUACUUAAUAUUCUUCUCACUAUCAUGGAGACAAUAUAUAGGGCUGAUUUUCAGACUUCUAAUUCUCAAUCACUACAAAGUUAGUUUCCAAGUCCAAGGAUAUUAAAAAAAAAAAAAUGGAAUGAAAAGAAAAUAUAAAAUCUCUAAAAUAUGAUUGAUUGAGUUGGAGUGUACUAUAUAAAAGAGAUGUGAAGAUCUAUUCUGGUAAAUUGUAGCAUAAUCUUGCACGAAGGAGGACAGAAUGUCUGAACAACUAUACAAGAGCGAACAAUAUGAUUUCUUAAGCUGUCCCUGACACUUUAUAAUGAUUAAAAAUUUACAUUUGCAACACUCCUCGUUAUUUAUUUGAAUUGAAAGGUAACCUAAUAUAGACUUACUACUAAUCAGAAAUGACCAUAGAAAAGUGGAAGCAAUUUCUAUAUUAAAGAUAAGGUAAAUACAAAGAAAAUCCACAUGUGUGAAUUAUUUUUUGAAACGAACAUUUGUGAAAGGAACACUUGAAAGGAAUACUCAGAGCCACUGAGGACCCUAGGUUUAGAGCUGGAAAGAACUCAGAGGUUAUCUAAUCCAAUUACACCUCUUCCUCCUCCCUUCAUCCCCCACAUUUUGAAGAACGGAGGGCCAAAAAGGUUAUGCCUUGCCUGAGGUCACAAAGGUAGCAAAUGGCAGGAUUUGAUUGACAAUGACAAGAAAACAGCAAUGUAAUUUUAUUGUGUGAAUAAAUCAUCAUUCACCCCUCCACUACUUAAGCCUUACAUAAAGCUCAGUCAAAAUCUUUUUGCAUCAUUCAAUCUUCCCUCCCACAGAAAAGGAAAAAACAAACAGAUGCUGACUCAGUCAGCUAGUCCUUUAUACUCUCCUGACAUCAUUCCUCUUCAUUCAAUCAUUAUCAGGUCUACAGUAAUACCACAACUCAACUUUUUCUGACCCACUAGGUCCUUUAGGAGAACUUGGGCAUUAGGCUGUAUCACUACAAACUAUUAUUUUUCCCCCCAAGAUCUCAUCUAACUCCAAAUUGCCAAAAAAAUGACUAUGGUGUUACAUUUUGCCAAUAAGAGUCAUUAGCUGGAUCAAUCUCUUUCAAGAGUCUCAGGUUUUAAAAUUAUGUAAAACAGCAAAUUUGACUUCUUUCCCAACCUAUUCCAGGCCCACUUUGCCAGAUUUAGAAAAUUGAAUUGAAUGUUCUUUUUUCAGAGAGAAAGAUUACUAAAUUAGAGUAUGUGGCUUUCUCCAAUAGUAUAUCACAAUAGAAAAAGAAAAUUAGUUACUAAGGAAAAACUGCAUUUCACUAACAUCUUGGUCAGUAUAUUGCAACAGCAUCAUUUUAAAUGUAAACAUAGGCAGAUAUAUUAAAGUCCUUUAACUCUCUCCCUAAGUGUCUCCAAGUACCCUUCUGAAUCUAUCCAUUUGACAUCUGAUUUCUAAUCAUUUCAUUGUAGAAAAGAGGAAAAAGGUAAGGAAGUGAUUAGUUGUUUUCUUCUUUCUUUAAAGCAGAGGUAUUUAAAAAAAAGUUUUCAUGGACCUCUUUGGUAAUCUAGAGAAAUCUCCUCAGAAUAAUUUUUUUUCAGUACAUAACAUAAAAUAAAGAGAAUUUAAAAGAAAAUCAAAUAUAAUAAAAUUGAGUUAUCAAAAUAUAGCAUAUUAAAAAAAAAAAAAAACAAGUUCACAGAUGCCAAAUGAAGAAUCUCUAUUUUAAAGGCUCUUUCUAGUUUCAUGUUCUUUGAAUCUUGAUUUUUUUUUUUUAAUAUGGAAGAAAGAGCUCCAGAAAGAAGGUUAUGAACUCUUCUUUUACGAAGGCAGAGGCCUAUAAUCAUGAAUGAUCCCAGAAUGGACUCCACAGAAAGUGGUCUUCCCCAAACUCACAGGUUUGUCCUUCAAUCAUAUUUUCCACCUCAAUUUCUCAACCAUUAACAGACUUCCUAUGCAAAUUACAGGAUUUUCACUUCAUGCAUUAUUUCCACCUACUUGAAAGAAUAAUAUUUUUGGAUAGUCUCUUCCUUACAGCCUGUUUGCCCUAUCAUCUUCCCAUAGUUAAGCUGUACAGUCUGGAUACUUCCAAACGCACCCUUUUCCUAUCCUCUACCUUAUCCCAACCUAAGUGAUAUUGUUAGCACUAACAUAUCAUACUCAUUAUCCAGGUCAUCACUCCCAACUUUUAAACCAAUAAUCUCAGCAACAUCCUAACCUAGAUGGAAAGAUUAAUGCAAUGCUGGGAGUGACAUUAGGAACAUCCACAAUUAUAAACUGCAUCUUGAGAAUGUAGCUUCAUGAAAGUUGGUUUUAAGCAUUCCUUUUUUUUUUUUUUUUUUUUUUUUUUUUUUUUUGUGGCCCAUUCCACUUCUUAUUCCACAUCCCUGGGGAAUCUCACUCCAUCAUUUUGCAAAAGUAAACCUUCUGUCCCAUUUUUUUAAUCUCUCUCUGUUCUUUUCUUUUCCACUGAGAGCAGGUCCCCUGCUGUUAUGCUUCACACACCACCAGUCUUUUAUCAGUCCUCUCCAGAUUUGAAGACAUCUUUUACUGUUAAUUCUAACAUACUGCAUAAUUUGGUUUUCACAUCUCAUUGGCGAAUCUAUUUUCUUGUGGUUUCCUCUCUAAAUUCAUCUUUGAUGCAACAUGGCUGAUUUGCAUUUUUCUUGCCUCGGCUGUAUUUUUUAUUUCUGACAUUUCAGCUCUAUUGCCAUAAAUGAAGAGGAUCUUAAGUUGUUGAGGGGGAAAAAGGGUUAGAGGGAAGAACAUGUUUUGGAAAAUUCAAGGUGAACUGUGAAUUUAAACAUAUUUCUUCCAAUUGCUUUAUAAGACCCACAGGAUCACAUUUUUAGUCUUAUGUUUUGGUGGCACUUGCUGGCAAAACUUUUUGCUUAUAAUCUUGUAGUUGCUGAUUUUCCUACUAGUGAUUCUGUAAUUAUUAAUGGUUAGAGAGUCCAUAUUUAAAAAAAAAUCUUUCUUACUUUGCAAUUAUUUAUGCAAAGUAAAUUUAAUCUUAAAUUUAAUCCAUCAAUACUACAGAUUUUUAAAACUGGUUAGCACCAGCGUAUAAAUGAAGUAUAUGAAAUGCCUAUACAAGCAUGCAUGUAUGAGAAUACAAAGUCACAUGUAAUUUAGAAGCAGUAAUCAUGGAAGAAUCAACCAUCAUUUAUAGCAAAGAAGGCAUGAUCAUAUGUUGAGUUUUUAAAAUAGAUGCUAAAAAUCAAAGCCUUCCUAUAUCAAACCUGAGCUUCCCUGAUUUUCCUGUAAAUAUGAGCCAAUCUCUUUAGUACCCAUAUAAGUACUGUAUAUAUAUGUGAAGAGGAAAAACCUACUGAUGUACAGAGGCACAUGUGAAGAAUCUGUUUAUUAAGUUAUUUUCUAAAAAUGAGAUAUGUUUAUUACUCUUUAACAUUAACAUUUUUGAAUGCUUAAAAUGUAUGUGUUUCUGUGUGUAUAUGCUGUAUGAGAAAAUCAUCACAGAAAGUGCCAUUAUUAGCAGUAUUUUCCCCUCUACAGAUUUAAAUUUAGAUAUAUUUUGUGUUGAUUUACUCCUUUGUAGUUCUUCCACUUGGACAGAUGUCUUUAUGUAAAAUAAAUAAAUAAAUAAAAUCAUUCACGUUUA